AUGGCCCUGCUGCCCCGGUCCCUGAGCGCGAGCGCGGGGCCGAGCUGGCGGCGGGCGGCGCGCGCCUUCCUCCCCCGCUUUCCGCUGCCUGAGCCGCGGCCCGCCCGCGCCCUCUCCCGCGCCAUGGCGUGCAGGCAGGAGCCGCAGCCGCAGCGCCCGCCGCCCGCCGCAGACGUCGUGGCCUCGUACGACUACCUGGUGAUCGGGGGCGGCUCGGGCGGGCUGGCCAGCGCGCGCAGGGCGGCCGAGCUGGGCGCCAGGGCCGCCGUGGUGGAGAGCCACAAGCUGGGCGGCACUUGCGUGAAUGUUGGAUGUGUACCCAAAAAGGUAAUGUGGAACACGGCUGUCCAUUCUGAAUUCAUGCACGAUCAUGUUGAUUAUGGCUUUCAAAGUUGUGAGAGUAAAUUCAAUUGGCGUGUUAUAAAGGAAAAGCGUGAUGCCUAUGUGAGCCGCCUGAAUACCAUCUAUCAAAAUAACCUAACCAAGUCCCAUAUAGAAAUCAUCCGUGGCCAUGCAGCAUUCACAAGUGAUCCCAAGCCCACAGUAGAAGUCAGUGGGAACAAAUACACUGCUCCUCACAUCCUGAUUGCCACUGGUGGCGUGCCCUCUCGUCCUCAGGAGAGCGAGAUCCCUGGUGCCAGCCUAGGAAUUACCAGUGAUGGAUUUUUCCAACUGGAAGAAUUGCCUGGUCGCAGUGUCAUUGUCGGUGCGGGUUAUAUUGCUGUAGAGAUAGCUGGGAUUCUUUCUGCUCUGGGUUCAAAGACAUCGCUGAUGAUACGCCAUGAUAAGGUACUUAGAAAUUUUGAUUCAAUUAUCAGUUCAAACUGCACUGAAGAGCUGGAGAAUUCUGGCAUAGAGGUCCUGAAGUACUCACAGGUCAAGGAAGUUAAAAAGACUUCCUCAGGCUUGGAACUCUGCAUGGUUACUUCAAUUCCUGGUAGGAAUCCCACCUUGACCACGAUUCCAGAUGUUGACUGCCUGCUUUGGGCCAUUGGGCGGGACCCAAAUUCCAGUGGCCUGAAUUUGAACAAAGUGGGGAUUCAAACUGAUGAUAAAGGUCACAUCAUAGUUGAUGAAUUCCAGAAUACCAGCGUAAAAGGUGUCUAUGCAGUUGGAGAUGUGUGUGGAAAAGCUCUUCUCACUCCAGUUGCCAUAGCUGCUGGCCGAAAACUUGCCCAUAGACUUUUUGAAUGCAAAAAAGAUUCCAAACUAGACUAUGACAACAUCCCCACCGUUGUCUUCAGCCACCCCCCUAUUGGAACAGUGGGACUCACGGAAGAUGAGGCCAUUCAUAAAUACGGAAAAGAAAAUGUGAAGACCUAUUCAACCACCUUUACCCCAAUGUAUCAUGCAGUUACCAAAAGGAAAACAAAAUGUGUGAUGAAAAUGGUUUGUGCCACCAAAGAGGAGAAGAGAAAAAACCUUGGGUAG